AUACUCUGCCCUGUGCUGUAUCUUAAUAAAGUUUGAAAUCAUUUGAAAGAAAAUGGCUGCGCCCUUGUUACCCUUGGCUACAGUAAGAUGGUUCAUUCGAUUUUUAAAUAAAGAAAACAUUUUAGUUCAAAAGAAAUUCUUCUGUACAUCACGGAAUUCCUUAAGUGACCAUGCAGUCCAUGUUGCAAACACUGCAGCUACACAGACCAUUGAAAGCCAGCCUCCUGGUGAUUCUUCAAGCUUCAGUGGCCCACUGGAGCAUUACAAUCGCCUUAUCCAAGCAGGUGCACUGAGAGAAGAUCAGCAGCAGAGAGUUGCUCUUCAGCAUCUAGAUCAGCUGCACAAGGCCCUGAAAGGAUACAGCAACACUCCCCUGAGCUUCCUGUCAAAGCUUUUCACAAAACCUCAGCCUCCGAAAGGCUUCUAUAUCUAUGGCGAUGUGGGUACAGGGAAAACUAUGGUAAUGGACAUGUUUUAUUCUCAUGCUGCGGUUGACAAGAAAAAGAGGGUCCAUUUUCAUGGUUUUAUGUUAGACGUCCAUAAAAGAAUCCAUCGCCUUAAACAAACUCUGCCAAAGAGGAAGCCUGGAUUAAUGGCCAAGUCUUAUGACCCCAUUGCACCAGUAGCUUUAGAGAUCAGUGAGGAAGCCUGCUUGUUGUGCUUUGAUGAAUUUCAGGUCACCGACAUCGCAGAUGCCAUGAUUUUAAAGCAGCUCUUCGAAAACCUCUUCCAGAAUGGGGUGGUUGUUGUGGCAACAACCAACCGGCCUGCAGAAGACCUGUAUAAAAAUGGGCUUCAGAGGGCUAACUUUGUGCCAUUCAUUGCAGUGCUGAAGGAGCACUGCCGAACACUGCAGCUGGACUCUGGAAUAGACUACCGGAAAAGACACAUGCCCACCGCAGGAAAGCUAUACUACCUCACAAGUGAAGCUGAUGUGGAGGCUGUCAUGGAUAAGCUGUUUGAUGAGCUGGCUCAAAAACAAAAUGAUAUUACCCGGCCAAGGAUUCUGAAAGUGCAAGGCAGAAAGCUGAGACUGAGUAAAGCUUGUGGGACUGUAGCCGACUGCACAUUUGAGGAGCUGUGUGACAGACCUCUGGGUGCCAGUGACUAUUUGGAGAUGUGCAGGCACUUUGACACAGUGUUUAUCCGAAACAUACCCCUCUUGACUCUGGCCAAGAAGACACAAGCCAGGCGCUUCAUCACCCUCAUCGAUGCCUUCUACGAGCACAAAGUGCGGGUUGUGUGUCUAGCCAACGCGCCGCUGGAGAGCAUUUUUCUUCAUGACCACCAAGGCAGUGACGACGAGGCCCACAGGAUACUCAUGGAUGACCUUGGGCUCAGCAGGGAUUCGGCACAUGAACUGUCUAUUUUCAGCGGUGAGGAGGAGAUCUUUGCAUUCCAGAGAACGGUGUCCCGUCUGACUGAGAUGCAGACAGAGCAGUACUGGAUUGAAGGUGACAGGAGCAAACAAGAGUCUCCCUGUGAGGGCUCUUAGCUGAUCAGCUCCCAGCACGCACUGGGAAAGCACAUAUGUUUUUAAAUACAGCCAAGGAAGGAAGCAGUGCAAUUUAUUUAUUAUCAUAUUGAAAACUUAAUAAUGUCCUACCUUAAAGUUACAAUUACCAGUGUCCAAAAUGUAUCUUCCAGAUGUACAGUGAAUAAUGUUUUAUGUUCUAAAAAUAUUCUGAAUAUUCUAAUAAUGAAAUUGUUCAGACAUCAGGCACAGAUAUUCCUUGAUGACAUUUUAGAUGAGGGAAAGGUGUGGUAUUUAAACAUGGAAUUUAUAAGAAUUUCCCAUUGUUCGUUUGUCACAAAUGAAAAACUGCCUUAAAUCUGUAAGACUUGUCACUGACUGCAAGUAAAUUAUCUUUGAAAUCAUAA